AUGAUAGACAGAUUGACCAAAACAGCCCACUUCAUUCCCAUGAAGAUUACUUACUCUAUGGAUCAGUUGGCUAAGCUUUAUGUGGAUAACAUUAUCAGACUUCAUAGGGUACCAGUGAACAUUGUGUCUGACAGAGACCCCAGACUUACUUCAAGGGGUGUGGCAGUGGAUCUGAUAAGAGAAAAGAUCAAGGUUGCACAGUCCAGGCAGAAGAGCUAUGCAGAUAGAAGGAGACAGCACAUACAGUUUAAAGUUGGGGAGAAAGCAUCCUUGAAAGUGGCUCCAAUCAAGGGUGUUGUGAGAUUUGGAAAGAGAGGGAAGUUGAAUCCUAGAUACAUUGGCCCAUUUGAGAUCCUAGCUAGAGUUGGUCCAGUGGCUUAUCAACUUGCACUGCCCCCAUCACUUGUCGGUGUACAUGAUGUUUUCCAUGUCUCUAUGUUGAGACAAUACAUCCCUGAUUCGACACAUCUGCUGCCUCAGCAACCAGCUGAACUUAUUGCUGAUCUGACAUAUGAAGAGGUGCCUGAGGAGAUUAUAGAUAGAAAGGAACACAACCUGAGGAAUCGAACUAUCUCUUUCAUUAAAGUCAAGUGGAGUAAUCACUCUAUGGCUAAAGCAUCUUGGGAAAGAGAGGACUUGAUGAAAGAGGGAUACCCUUAUCUCUUCGAUCUUCCUGAUGGUAUUACUGUUGCUUCUGUGGAGACUCCACCACUGUGGACGCUCUUUCUGCUCAUGGAGCUGAUACUCCCUUUCUGGUGGAGCACGAGACUUUGUGCUCAUGUGGUGACUGUGCGUUCUCCUGAUCUCCCUGUUUGA